UCCCGUCGCUCGCGGAUCGCAAGACUGGCAACGAAACCCGUCCCCCCUCCCUCCGCAAGCCUCACCCCUAACCCUCGGUUUGCUCUCGGUUCUACCCCACCCCAACGGUUACUCUGAAGCCAACCCUUCCCCUGGCUCCCCGAGGUUCUGCGCGGAACACCUUGGGCUCCCCCAGCCCUCCGGCUGUCCAAGCUGCGCGGCCGCCCCUUCGCCUUUCCCAGGCCCGCAGCCUCUUGGACCAUGCCUGAAACUAAGCUUGCCGUGGGUGCGGAGGAAAAAGGUCUGUGCGUCACCGAAGCCCUCAUCACUAAGCGCAACUUGACCUUCCCUGAGGAUGAUGACCUGUCAGAGAAGAUGUUUCACACCCUCGCUGAGCUGCAGACAGUACGCCUGGACCGGGAGAGGAUUACCUUUAUCAGAAACUUAGAGAGCCUCCGGAGUAUUCACAGCCUCUACCUGCAGUCGAACAAGAUCCAGCGAAUUGAGAACCUGGCCUGCAUCCCCUCGUUGCGCUUCCUGUCUCUGGCAGGGAACCGCAUCAAACAGGUGGAAAACCUCCUUGUCCUCCCACACCUCCAGUUUCUGGACCUCUCUGACAACCUGAUAGAGACGCUGAAGCUGGAUGAGUUCCCCCUGAGCCUCCUCAUCCUCAACCUGACCGGAAAUGGUUGCACCAAGCAGAAAGACUACAGGAAGCUGGUGAUAAGAGGCCUGCCGCUGCUCCUGGACCUGGACCAGCAGCCUGUGCAGGAGCGCUGGGUCUCCGACGAAGAGGGUGCUGGCGCCUCGGGUGGUGAGGACGACGACGACGACGAGUACCCGGAGCUGAGUGGCCCCUUCUGCUCAGAGCGAGGCUUCCUCAAGGGCCUGGAGCAGGAGCUGAGCAGGCACCGGGAGCGCAGGCAGCAGGCGGCCCUGAUGGAGCACUGCCAGAGGAUGGAGGCCCAGCUGGUCCUCACAGACCUGCCCCCACUGCCCGAGGAGCCCAUGGCCGCCGGGGACAGCAGCCCCCCUGACCCUCCCGGACAAGGGAAGAAGACACCCACGGAGACCACCUCAUCACCACAGACACACACUGCUACCAAGCCUUACACCCGGACCGCCCAGGGCCAGCAAGGUGCUGCCCAGGCACGGCCAGGAGCCAGGGGGGCCACAGCACCCAAGGCUUCUCUUCCUGGAGCCCCCAGCACAAGCAAAAGCAAGACCCAGAAAAUCAAGAAAUAAACUGUGGCCACUAGAACAGGGAGGAGCUAAUGCCACCCCCACCCCCCUGCCCUUGCUCUUAGACCCCUCACCUGGGGCAGGGGCCCAUCCCCUAAUAAAGUGUCUCUGGGCUUAAA